AUGGUGAAAGAAAAACCAAAUUCUAUCCGCAUAUAUGACUCCGAAGGCUACAGACGCAGAGCGGCAUGUAUUUGCGUCAAGAACGACCUCGAGGACGAGGUUCUGCUGGUGACAUCCAGUAGAAGACCAGACAGCUGGAUAGUUCCUGGUGGAGGUGUCGAGCCUGAAGAGGAGCCAGCAGUUACAGCCCUGCGAGAAGUUAGAGAAGAAGCUGGCGUUUUAGGUCAACUUGGUCGUUGUCUCGGGGUAUUUGAGAGUGCAGAACACAAACAUCGAACGCAAGUGUGGGUAAUGCGUGUAACGGAGGAGUUGCCAGAAUGGGAAGAUUCGCGAGCAAUUGGACGUAAACGUAAAUGGUUUUCCAUACCAGAAGCUCUGCUGCAACUGGCCCAGCACAAGCCUGUACAGCGUUCUUAUUUGCACAGUCUCCACAAUACCAAUCCCCGACAUAACAGUCCGAACACAUCUCCCUCACACCAUACACACAGUCCAACGACUCCCAUUCAACUCAUGAAUAAUUCCAGUAGCAGUCCUCACUUCAAUAAACACAGCUAG